CCGCGCAGUCGAGAGCCAUGGGUCUCGGCAUCGGUCCCAACAAGGACCGCGUCCAGGCGGCGAUCAAAGAGCUUCAACAGAAGAAGGCUGCCGAGGCUGCGGCGGCGGGGAACGGCGAGGGCAAGGAGAACGAGGCGCCCGCCACCCCCGCGCCUCAAUCAGGGGGCGGUGGAUCUCCCGCGAAAGCAUCGUCCAAGCGCGAUCGCGACCCCAAUGAGAAGGCCGCCGCUCUGGCGGCCACCAAGCUGGUCAAGAAGAAGCAGCGCAAGCGCUUCAUCCCCAAGGAUCCAUGCCUGUUCUUCCUCUACUACUUCGGAUUGGUCAUCGUCGCCGCGUGCGUCGUGAGGGUCAUCAACGGCCCGUUCCAGUUCGAGCAGAAGAUCCUGGCCGAGCGCGACAGGAUCCGCGAGAUCCAGGAUGCGAACGAAGAGGCGCUGCGGGUGAUGAAAGAGAGCAUCCCGCUCGUAUUCGCCGCGGGCGACGGUAACACCACCGAGGUAGAGCGACUUCUGGCGCUGGGACAGGACGUCAUGGAACGAUCUCCCGCGGGAGAGACCCCGCUGCACACCGCCGCCAUCUCGGGCGAGCCCGUCAUUGUCAAGAUGCUCCUCGACGCCGGCGCGGAUCCCGACGCGCGGACCAUGGGAAGGGAGUACCUCAAGAUGACCCCGGCGCACUGGAUGGUGUUCGGGAACAAACGGGAAGCGCUGAAGAUCCUCAUCGACGCCGGCGCGGACGUCAACGCGAUGAACACCAAGGGCAAAACGCCCACGGACAUGGCGUGGGACCUUCCCAAGGACACGAGGGAGGGAAUCCUGACGCUGCUGCUGGAGAACGGCGGAAAGAAGGGCGAGGACCUGAACGAGGAUCCCCCCGAGGAUGAUCCCGAUCCCUCCGAGGAUGAUCCUGAUCCGGCCGAGGCGACGACGGCCACCGACGCGGAGGAAGUCGAGCCCGCGGAGGAAGUCGAGCCCGCGUCGCCCGCGGAUGCGGAGUCCGCCGCCGAGUUGUGAGCGCGUUUGCCCUGGACCCAAUUUUAACGUCUGUAUGUAUGUCUGCACUC